GCUUCAUUCUCACUGCAUUAAAAGAUGGAUUACACUAUUUCCACCUUUUUUUAUAUUGGGAAGGAUGUUUUGAAUGUAAAAAUUGAAGUUUAGGUGCAAGAUAAGUAAAUGGAUAACAUUUGAAUGCUAAGUAUGUAAACAUUAUUAGAAAGACAACAUGGAAUUCAUUUAUGAAGGCUUGUUGGUUGCCAUUGAGGUGGCAAGGAAGACAAAAAUUGGAUGCGUACGUUCGCCACUCUGGCAUCUCCUAUCAUCUGUCAAAUUCACAAUCUACCCUCCCUCCUCCUCCUCCUCCUCUGCACCAUCACUUUUUCCAAAAGUUUCUCAAGUUAUUCUCCGUCAUUCGUCGCCGGAAUCUUACCAAAAAUCCGCUGUUCAUCCUCCUCCCCUUUUAUCUUUGCAGCAGAGCUUAUCGAUUCCCUUCUUCUACUCGAGCCGAUUAAUCGCAGAAUCGAGCAGAAGGGUUCACUUUUCUGUUGUCACCUUUUUUCAAUGGGGGUUUUCAUUGAUCAAUAUCUCGGUCGGUAUUAAUAUUCGUAUGAUUCUGCGAAUUACGAGUUGCUUCAUGCAUGCACAUUUCUAGAGCAUUAUUGAUCACCAGUGCAUUUGAGCAGUUUGCCGCGGAUUCAUUAAAUACUUUUUGAAAUUUUGGAGGUCCUGCAUCCUUAAAAUUACAUGUAUGAACAAGAAUUUAGGAUUACAAAUGCCGUCGUUUGAUGUUGUGAUCAUCACAUUGCCGCUUCUAUUCUGGAUUUCUACAUUUGAAUGGUUAAUUUGCUGAUCAGGAAUAAAAUCUUGGAAAGCGCUGCAGCCAUUUUUUCUUUUCUUUUUCUCGUCGUCGGUGAUAUAGAGAAUCCAUCCGCCCUGUGUGAAUUGAUUAUGAUGGCAUAAAUGAAUCUGCUGGUUCAUUGCUCUACAGAGCAAAAUCUGUGGCAGUUUCUUUUAUGGGGCAGUAUCGACUGUUCUGCUACCAGCUUAUCAUUCUCUCUCAUUGGUUUGAAUGCCGCGUGACUUGGGAACAUCGAUGGCGGAUGCUAGGAGAAGUAGUCCCUUUGACAGGGAUGUAAAGCAGGCAAUUACGGCCCUUAAAAAGGGGUCAUGUUUACUCAAAUAUGGUCGUAGAGGGAAACCAAAGUUCUGCCCUAUUAGACUCUCUGCUGAUGAGUCUAUGUUAAUCUGGUUUGCGGGAAAACAGCAGAAAACACUUUUGUUAAGCAUUGUUUCAAAAAUUGUUCCCGGGCAACGUACUGCAAUAUUUCAACGUUAUCCUCAGCCUGAUAAGGAGUAUCAGUCAUUUUCCCUUAUAUACAAGGACAGAUCCUUAGAUUUGAUAUGCAAGGACAAGGAUGAAGCGGAAGUAUGGUUUGUUGGUUUGAAGGCAUUGAUUUCAUGUAGAAACUACCUAAAGAGAUUGGAGUCAAAUGGGGGCAGACUAUCUGAUUGUAGUAGUUCAAAGUCAAUUUACAGACAGUCUCCAUUAGACCUACCCUCUGACCCUGAAGAUAGACAGCCAGUUGGCCUUGCAGCUGAGAAACCUCCAGUGGAUGGUUUCGGAAGUGUGUUUACUGAUGUUAUUCUAUAUACCACACACAAGGGUUCUUUUCAUUUUGAUUCAGUCAGUACCUCACUGACUUCAGCGACAUCUGCAGACAACUCAAAUGGCCGCUGUUCAACAUCUGAAAAUUUUAGGGCGAGUUUAUCUAGUGCUGUAAGCUCUUCAAGUCAUGGAUCAGGCCAGGGGGAUUUUGAUGCAUUAGGAGAUGCUUUUAUUUGGGGAGAGUUUAUCGGUGAUGGGUUGCUUGGCUGUCAUAUCCAAAAAGGAGGCAAUUUGCUCAGUUCUAAAUGCAACACUUCUUUGCCGAAAGCCUUGGAAUCACCCGUUGUUCUUGAUGUAAAAAAAAUUGUUUGUGGUAGCAAACAUGCAGCGUUAGUUACCAGGCAAGGAGAGGUCUUUACUUGGGGUGAAGAAUUCGGGGGCAGAUUGGGGCAUGCAAUACAAGCCGAUGUUUCGCAACCAAAACUCAUCAAUGCUUUGAGUGGCAUGAAUGUUGAGUUUGUGGCAUGCGGUGAGUAUCAUACUUGUGCGGUAACAUCAUCUGGAGAUCUCUAUACAUGGGGCGAUGGUGUUUACAAUUCCGGUCUACUUGGGCAUGGGAGCGAGGCUAGUCAUUUGGUUCCGAAGCUUUUGACUGCUCAGAUGGCAGCUUUGCAUGUCUCGUCAGUGUCUUGUGGACCAUGGCACACAGCUGUUGUUACAUCUUUGGGUCAGCUCUUCACAUUUGGUGAUGGAGCAUUUGGUGCUUUGGGUCAUGGAGACCGUAUGAGCACAAAUGUACCAAGAGAAGUGGAAGCUUUAAUAGGUCUGCGAACAAUCAGCACGGCUUGUGGUGUUUGGCACACUGCUGCAGUUGUGGAGAUGGAAUCACAAUCUGCGGAUUCUGGCAGUUAUGUCUCCAGAAAAUUGUUCACAUGGGGAGAUGCAGAUCAAGGCCGUCUUGGACAUGAAGACAAAGAGCACAGGCUUAUUCCAGCAUGUGUUGCUUCCUUGACUGAGCCAAAUAUUUGUCAGGUGGCCUGUGGACAUGAUAUGACAGUUGUGCUUGCUGCUUCUGGAAGAGUAUAUACUAUGGGAAGUACCAUUUAUGGACAGCUAGGGGACCGACGAGCUAAUGGAAUUACUCCCACAGUUGUGGAAGGUAAACUUUAUGAUAGCUUUGUUGAAGAGAUAUCAUGUGGUUCUCACCAUGUUGCUGUGCGGACCUCAAAAAGUGAAGUCUACACCUGGGGCAAGGGUGAAAAUGGCCAGCUCGGCCAUGGAGAUUAUGUUAACCGUGACAGGCCUACGCUUGUUGAAGUCUUGAAAGAUAAGCAAGUGAAGAGCGUUGCUUGUGGUUUAAAUUUCACUGCUGUUAUUUGUCUUCAUAAAGGGGUUUCAAGUGUUGAUCAAUCUUUAUGUUUUGGUUGUCAUCUUCCAUUUGGUUUCAGAAGAAAACGCCACAAUUGCUACAACUGUGGUAAAGUCUUUUGCAAACCUUGCACCUGCAGAAAGUCUAUCAGAGCUGCCUUAGCACCAAACAUGCACGUGCCAUAUCGUGUGUGUGAUAUUUGCUAUAACAAGCUAAGGAAGUCCUUAGAGUCUGGAACUCAUUCUCAUGUUUUAAAGCAGCAAAAUGCAAGUGAAACUCACAUAUCUACUCAGCUGGCUGAGGAGACCGUUGUUUCGAGAGUCUCUUCAGCUGACUCCUUUAAAGGAGAAAGUAGGCAAUCAAGGCAGGGUGAGAGAUUGGAAAGCAAUCAUAACCCAAUGUCCCUUAUUCCGAAUGAAUGUAUUCGAAGAGAAAACAUGCAGAUGCCAAACUCUCAAAAUAUUAUGAUCAGGUCUCCAAUGAAUAUAUGCUCUGCUUCUAUUCAUGGCACAAGGAUAGUUUGUAGGCCAACCAUUCCACUUGGAGGUUCCUUAAUUUCAUUGCCCCCAAGAUCCAUUUCAACUGGUUUAGUAUCAGCUGAAGUGACUACUGAUGAAUUGAAAAAGACAAAUGAAUGCUUAAAAGAGGAGGUUGCUCAGUUGAAGUUGCAGCUUGAGGAGCUUACACAAAAGUAUCAAGAAAUGGAGUCCGAAUUUGAGAAAAAAUCAGCUGAGCUGAAAGAAGCAAUGACAAAAAAAGAUGAGGAAAAUGCAAAAUGCAAGGCUGCCAAGGAAAUUAUAGAGUUUCUUACCGCACAGCUUGAGGAUCUUACACAAAAGUAUCAAAAAAUGGAGUCCGAAUUUGAGAAAAAAUCAGCUGAGCUGAAAGAAGCAAUGACAAAAGUAGAUGAGGAAAAUGUAAAAUGCAAGGCUGCUAAGGAAAUUAUAGAGUUUCUUACCGCACAGUUGAAGGAUGUGACUGAAAGGACAUCUGAACAAAAUAUGAACACUCACUCCGAAACUAAUGUCUCGCAUGCAUCCCAUGAAUUGAAGUCAACAACUCGAAUGAAAUCCAGCAGCCUUCGAGGCAUGCAUGUCGAAGACUCAAAUGGGCACAUUAGCGACUCAUUGCCGUCUACUGCUUCUGGUACUUCAGAAGCUGCAGAAUGGGUUGAGCAUGCCGAGGGAGGCGUAUAUAUAACUGUUUCAUCUUCUCCUUGUGGUGCAAAAAUCCUCAAGAGGAUACGCUUCAGCCGGAAAUGGUUCAGUGAAGAGAAAGCAGAGGCAUGGUGGGCCCAAAACAGGCAGAAACUUCAGGAGAAGUAUAUUUUUCCGGCUGGAGAAGUAUGCGACUCAGUCGUUGGUGUCGUCGGUUCACCAUCCAAGAAGAAGAGCAACAAUAAUGGAUCCAAGGGCUGCUCAUCUUCCAUGAAGAAGAGCAACAAUAAUGGAGCAAAGGGCUGAAUUAGAAGGCUAUAUUUGCUUCACAAUGUUUGAACUUUGUUCAGUUUCCCUGUGCUGCCCAUUUGGAUAAAAGUAUAGGAAUAUUACUUGUAAAUAAUUUGUUCAAGUUGGCCUUGGGUCACAACAUCGAUGAUUCUUUUAUAAUAUGAGCAUUUUUUUCAUUCUUUUAUUGUAAAAUUUACUCACAUAC